AGCCCCUCGCGGUGUGAGAAGCAGCCCCGACACCCAGCUGGGACCCGGCCUCACACUUCUCGGGGCCCGGAGCUGAUGGGAGCGGGAGAGGGCAAAGCCCGAAACGCUUCCCUCCGCAGGGGAGAGCAAAGAAAUCCAGGACGUGGCUGUGAGACUCCGGAGCGCCCUGAGCCAGGGUGGGGCGGUGAAAGGCGUUCAAUAAAAGCUCUUUGUCCCGCAGAGGUGCUCGGCUCGUCCCCGGUCACCAUCGUGGUCACGUCCGAGGAGGCUGACAGCUGGGACAUCGACACCUCCUCGUGCCGGGGCUGCGGGCACUUCGUGGACUGGGACAAGAUGCCGGAGCCGCAGGGCCCGGCGCAGAUCCCGCGGGACGUGCUGGGCAGGCCCCCGAAGGAGCUGAAGAGGCUGGCGAGGGAAGGCUGCUGGGCCCGGAGCCACGCGGGCCGGGCCCGGCUCUACCCCCGGCUCAUCCAGCGGGUCUCCUGCCGCCUCGUCACCCCCGACGCGCUCGUGUACCGGGACGUGGCCGGCCGGCUCUUCGGCAAGCCCAGCGUCAGCUCCCACCCUCUGCCCGAGUUCCUGGAGGGCUGCCCCGUGCCCACCUACUGCCUCAGCCCGCACGGGGUCACGGCCCUGAAGAAGAUCCUCAUCUGCGUGGGCGCCCUGUUCCCCGACAUCACGCACAGCCCCCUGCUGCCGGCGCUGGCGGCGCUGCUGCUGCACUACAGCGAGGACGAGGCGCAGUGCUUCGAGAGCCUCUCGCGCCUCAUCGCCAGCAACGCGCCCCACGCCGCCUACAUCGACCAGUCCUUCCUGGCCCACCAGGCCUCCUGCAUGACCUUCGGGGACCUGGCCAGCAAGCACUGCCCGGCGGCUCACAAGCUCGUGGCCGGCGCCGCCGACAACGUGCUCGAGGUCUACUCGGAGUGGCUGUCGUGGCUCUUCCCCGGGCUGCCCUUCGGCUACGCCGUGCGCGUGCUGGACGUGUUCCUGCUGGAGGGCCAGAAGGUGCUGUACCGCAUCGCCCUGGCCCUGCUGAAGCAGUUCGGGCUCUCGGCGGCCCCGGCCGGGCUGCAGGGCUCCGACGUCAAGGCGGAGCUGCAGGCUUUCGUGAGGAACAUCGCCCAGCACGUCACUGCGGACAAACUCCUGGAGAGAGCCUUCGGCAUCCGGCUCUUCUCCCGCAAGGAGAUCUGGCUGCUCCACAUGGCCAACAGGAAGGCCUUGGUGGAGAGGGGCAUCACCGUGGUGCAGAGAAGGCCGUCCUUCCACCUGGCCGUGGACAUGCAGAAGUUCAGCUCCAGCACGGUCACGGCGCAGGAGAUGCGCCUCGUCUGGUCCUGGAUCCCCGAGCGCUUCUCGCUCUUCCCCCCGCUGCUGCUCUUCUCCACCUCCGAGGACGGCUGCAGCCUGCAGAGGUUCUACAGGUGCUGUGAAGGCUACGAACCCACGGUGCUGCUCAUCAAAACCACCGAGGGGGAGGUGUGCGGGGCGUUUCUCUCCUCCGACUGGGCCGAGAGGAAGAAGAGCGGAGCCACAUCGGGCUUUUUUGGGACGGGAGAGUGCUUUGUGUUCACUGUGCGCCCCGAGGCAGAGAGGUACGAGUGGGUGCUCAUCCAGAAGCCGGAGCUGGCCAAGGCCGUGCCGCGCUCCCGGCAGCGCUCGCCUUCCCCCGCUCCCGAAUCCCUGCUCGGCUCCUCCCGGGACAGCCGCAGCUCCAGCCCCAGCCACCUGGCCGUGCCCUCGCCGCAGAGGAGAGGCCGCCUGUCCCCGUUCCUGGCCAUCAGGCACUUCCUCCUGCCCUCCAAAAGCGCCUCCAUGUUCAUGUCCGGCUCCCGGGACGGGAUCGUUAUCGGGCAUGGAAACAUUUGCUCCGGGCUCGGUGCAGCAGGAGAAGCGCUCAGGUGAGCCCAGGUGAGGCCGUGGUCAUUCCCUGGGCACUCCAGAGGUUGGGGAGGGAAACCAGAGGGUCAGGACAGGGCUCACUGCAGCUCGGCAGGAAAACUCGGAGCUAACCGCCCCUCAGCUCAGCUCAGCUCAGCCGUGGAGCCCCAAAAGCUGUGCAGGGAGGAGAGGGAGGUUGGCUCCAGCCGUCCCUCUUGUUAUAAAUGAAUGCUCUGAUGUAAUAAUUACAGGAAUUUAUUAAAUUAUCAAAGUAUAAAUUUAAAAAAAAGAAAGCCACAAGCGAUUCAACUCUGAGCCAGGCCAUCAUUGUCGGGGAGAUUUAGGACUUGGCCUCUGUGGCACCAAAAUCCCCGUGGGUCUCUGAGGGUCAGUUGUAAGGGGUCCAUUUUUAUGCAGUCUCUCAGGCUUUGGAAGGGGGUCUUCUUUAACAUAUUAUUGUGCUUCUCCUGGAACCGGUGGAAAAUUGCUGGAAUCCUGUCAGGUGAAAAUCUCCGGGAUAAGCUUCUGAUGAUGCCUAUUAAAAAAUGUCUCCAGCUGGGGUCUUGUCAGAUGAGAAGUGCCUUGAAAUACACAUUUCUGGAGACAGUGUCUUUUUGACGUUUUGGAUUUCUAUCAUUUAGCCUGCUUGUUUCCCGACACUGGUUUCAGUACACAAGAAGCUGUGGUUUUUAAUUUCAUUUAGCACGAAUUAUUUUAUAGCAUAUUUUACAUAUUACACUCUGGAGUGCAGCAGCUUUGGAAAGCAAAAGCUGCCUGUGAGGGCUGCCCCAGCUGCGCUCUGCCCCAGCAGAAAAGGGGGUGAACCUGCCUUUAUCUGCUUCCCAAGCGCAGUCUCCAGCCAGAGGAUGUGGCAAGACUCAGCUCCAGGGGUCCAGAGGAGGAAAAGCCAGAGACUCAACAAG